GAAACUGAAUCCCUACUCAUGACGACAUUUCCCUUUCGCUUGGAAGCGUCGGCAGAAAAAGUUUUCCAGCUGAAAGACAUUGGCAAGGUUCUCUUCUUAACCUACAUAUUCCAACAGCCCGUUUGUCAAACUUGUUAAAAGACAGGAUGUCUCCGCCAUCCAGAAGGCUACAAACCAAGCCUGUGAUAACAUGUCUCAAGACGUUUCUUAUUUCGUACAGUCUCAUAUUUUGGAUCACAGGAGUGAUCCUGCUAGCAGUAGGGGUAUGGGGUAAGGUGAGCCUGGAGCCCUACCUCCACCUUGACACUGAGAAUACCACCAAUGCACCAUAUGUUCUCAUCGGGACCGGAGCCAUCAUCGUCAUCUUUGGCCUGUUCGGUUGUUUUGCCACAUGUCGAGGCAGUCCGUGGAUGCUGAAACUGUAUGCAAUGUUCUUGAUAUUGGUAUUCCUUGCCGAACUAGUAGCAGGCAUCUCUGGUUUCAUCUUCAGACAUGAGAUCAAAGGACUCCUGAAGGGAGUCUACAUAGAUGCUCUUAAUACCUACAACCACACAGAUGCCAGAAGCAAUGCUGUGGAUAGAAUUCAGAGAAAUCUGAAGUGCUGUGGAUUGCAGAACUACACUGACUGGCAGGAAAGGCCGUACUUUGCAAAUAAUGGCAUCCCUGAGAGCUGCUGUAAAGAACUUUCUGCCUGCAGUUCUGUGGACCUCAAGAACAUAACCCUAGCUGCCACUGUGGUGUACAACAGUGGCUGUUUCUCACUUGUGACCAGUACAAUGGAGUCAAACCUGGGAGUCGUAGCUGGAAUAUCAUUUGGAAUCGCUUUCUUCCAGCUUAUUGGAAUAUUCUUGGCCUGCUGCUUGUCUCGAUACAUUACCAAUAACCAGUAUGAAAUGGUUUAGCAGUUCCUUGACUCAGCUACACUUAAUGCUGGAAUUGGUGGCUAAACAAGAUGGAGGCUUGCACAAAGGGAGCCUGUAGUCUUUUAAGUUUUAUAUAUACACACACCUUAGCUGUCCAUUUCUUUUUAGACAAUACUCCAGCUGCUUUUAAAAAAAAAAAACCAUAUAGUUCUCGGUGUUGAUGACCAUGUAUAGAGUGGAAUAUACCAGAUAAGGGAUUUGAUAUGAGUAUAAUUAUCCAUGAUUUAUGUGCCAAGAUUUUGUUAUUAUUUUUUUGUGUGUGGGUUGUUCUGAUUGUUUGCAGUUCAGUUUAAGGCAUGGGAAGGCAAGCUUUCAGAUGAUUGAUUACUUUACUUUUUGUAGCAGUCUUUUCUCUGCACUCCAUAUAUUAGCUUGUAGUAUGCCUUCCCUGAAAGGAAUGGUGACUUUGAGAAUUGAACACCAGAUGUCCCUCUGUCUUUUUUUGGUCCUCCCAGCAUCCAUGCAAAGAGCAGCACAGCUUUAAAAGUAUCUAGAGUUUACAUUGGUUAUAGAUAUAUGAUGUAGAAUUGACUUGUGCUUUUUUGUGUCAGUGGAUAAAUGGCAUUACUUUAAAACAAGCAAAUUUAUUGUAGCGUUAAAUAAUGUGAAUUGUUCAGUGCAGAUGUAGAAGCUGAAUUCUGAAUCUGGGUAGAAAAGAUUACAUUUGGUGGAGACUGGAGGGCUACUCGGUCUCCCAAAGAAGAAGUAUGCUAGCAAGUGAACUACGUGUUGAGAGAACAGGUUCACUGGAGUGUAUGCCAGUUUAUUCACACAUUUCACUACUUAACUAGUAGGUGUUAUGAGAUAAAAGGGUCGUCUCUUGCCCGGCUUAAAGUUCCUGGUAUCCAUGUUUCAUUGUAAAGUACAUUCAUAUUAAUUGAUGGAAUCUCUGAAUCUGUUGUAUUAUUAUUAUUAUUAUUAUUAUUAAUAAUUAAGCCCUCUCAUAAUUCAUUUCAGUAUUAUUUGAUCAGGUGUGGAAAUGGCAUCCAAAAUAAAAUAAAAAAAAGAACUAAACAUUG